AGGAUGCAGAUCUUCGUCAAGACGCUGACGGGGAAGACCAUCACGCUCGAGGUCGAGAGCAGCGACACCAUCGACAACGUCAAGGCUAAGAUCCAGGACAAGGAAGGUAUCCCCCCGGACCAGCAGCGUCUCAUCUUCGCAGGGAAGCAGCUAGACGAUGGCCGCACCCUGGCCGACUACAACAUCCAGAAGGAGUCCACGCUUCACCUCGUGCUGCGCCUCCGUGGUGGCAGCAGAGGCGGCUACCCCCAGUACCUCGCCAUCGACCUCCGUAUCCUCGCGCAGAAGUACAAUGAGAACAAGUUCGUCUGCCGCAAGUGCUAUGCACGACUUCCCCUCAGGUCUACCAAGUGCCGCAAGAAGAAGUGUGGCCACAGCGACAAGCUGAGGAUGAAGAAAAGGUUCAUGUCUAAGUUUGCGAAAGACUCCCAAUGAACAUUGAA